AUGUCUAUUCUAUGCACCAUCAGCGGGCAGACGCCCGAAGAACCUGUUGUAAGCAAAACUGGGUACAUCUUUGAAAAGAGAUUAAUUGAAAAACACAUUUUGAAUUAUGGAAUAUGUCCGGUUAGUGGAGAAGUACUUACAUUGGAAGACUUGUAUCCUCUAAAAAAUGAGAAAAUUGUAAAACCAAGACCAAUAACAGCUAGUAGUAUUCCUGGAUUAUUAUCCAUUCUUCAAACGGAAUGGGAUUCAAUAAUAUCUGAAAUGUUCACUCUUAGAACACAUGUAAAUGAUAUCAGGAAUCAACUUAGCCAUAGUUUAUAUCAAUAUGAUGCUGCAACGAGGGUAAUUGCAAAAUUGUUAAAAGAAAAGAAUAAUUAUAAAGAAGAAAUUGAUAAUUUGAAGAAGCAAAUUUUAAAUUUAAAAAGUGGAAAUGAUUUAAACGAAUUUGAAAUAGGACUAAGUGAAGAAUUACUAAAUGAAAUGCAAAGGAUUGCAAAAGAUUUAUUAAUUAAUAGAAAGAAAAGAAAAAUUGAAAAUGUCUCUUCAACUGAUGAAUGGAAGAAGUUUACAAAUACAAACGAAUUUGAUAUUCACUCAUCUGUAUAUCCUGGAGUUACAUGUUUAGCUUUAGACAUCAACAAGUUUAAAUACAAUUAUUAUGACAACCAUAAAAAUCAUAAUUUCUUUUCUGGAGGGAAUGAUGGAAAUAUAUAUUAUGUGUCCAUUUCAGAAAAUAAAAUAUUAGCAAAGCUACAAGGACAUUUUAAAAAAAUAAGUGCUAUUAUAGCACAUCCAUCUAACUCCUUAUGUAUUUCUGGAUCAAAUGACAAAACUGUUAGAAUAUGGAAAGGGGAUUCAGACACCAAUGAAUUUGUAACAGCCCAUGUGAUUACCAAACAUAAGGAUCAUAUAACUUCCUUAUCAUUACAUCCAUUGGAAAAUUACUUUAUUAGUUCAUCUAAAGAUAAUCUAUGGAUUUUAAAUGAUAUAGAAACUUCCAAAACUAUUAAAAUAUGUAAAAUGAACCCAAGCCCGUUUAAACAUCUUUCUAUUCACCCAGAUGGAAUGAUGAUUGGUACAGCAUCAGAUGAUUCGAAUAUACAUAUUUAUGAUAUUAAGAGUCAAGAAUAUAAAGCCUCUCUAACAGGUCAUGCAGAUGUUGUAAAUUGCAUCUCGUUUAGUGAAAAUGGAUAUUACUUAGCUUCUUGUUCAAAAGAUAAUACUGUUAAACUUUGGGACCUCCGAAAGGCACAAUGUUUCCAAACUAUAGAUGUAGAUCAAGCACCAAAAUUUAUUGAUUUUGAUUAUUCUGGAAAAUAUCUAUCCUUAGCUGUAGCAAAUGAUAUACAAAUAUACAACUUUGAGACAAAGACACAAGCUAGCCAUAUUACUACACUGUCAUCCCACACAGAUACAGUUACACAUACUUGUUUCGGUAGCAGAACCGCAUACUUGCUUUCGAGUUCGAUGGACAAGACAAUUAAAGUGUGGAAUUAA